CUUCUUAAUCGUGGCUUGUGCUCUGUGAUUCAUAGAGAUCGAUCGCAUAGCAAAAAUGUUGAACUCUCGUGACUACCACAACCACAUUUCACAUGUGCACAGGACUCCCAGUGUUCUCACUGAUGUCCCCAGGUACCCAAACGCCUACGCGGCCUUCAACAAGACGGUCGUCUACGAGGAAGACGAGGGACCUCACCACCACCACCACCACGACCCCCCAAAUGAAAGAGAGAGGGUUGAGGUUGUAGAGUAUAAGCGAGCUGACAACUAUGGCAACACUGAAGUCGUCUAUGAGGAGGCUGACCGAUAUGAUGCCGAGGCUGACCGAUAUGGUAACCCCAGGAGGACCAAGUUGUACAAGUGGAAGACCUACAGGGACUAGGCUCACCAGUCACCACACCAACAUGCAUGCCUUAUCUACUACAACUAGCUUUUGCUAGCCAGGUCCUAUGUUAUCAAUAAACCAAUCCCCAUUACUAAAUAGAUGCUUAUAUCAAUAAAUUGCCUGUCUAGCUUACACCGGUGUUGUAUCCCACACUACUCUUCUAAAUAUGGCUUGUUACUAUUACUAAUUAAUAAGAAAGCAUAUGUGCUCUAGCUUUAUAAUCUUAA